GAAGAAGGUGGGUGGCAGCCAGAGGGUGGAGGCGGGGCCGGGAGGAGGGCAGGCUGCAAGCCCCAGAUAAUAUUCUGCCCAGGGCAGCAGGGCUCCAUUCGGUCCACUUGCCCAGGGAGGAGAAGGAGGGAAAAAAAAAAAAAGAAAGUGGGCUGUAACUUAAAGAUCUUAAGACUCCCAAGUGAGGGGUUGGUCUGGAGGUGGGAGGAGGGAGUGACCAGACACGGAGGAGACAGAGACUCAGGAGGGCGCAGGGAAGCGGCUUGGCUGAGGCCGGGACUGGGGACUCGGGGACUCGGCAGGAGAGGGUGGGGGGACGGCUGGGCCCCAGGCAGCUCCUCGGCGGCUCCCUGGGGGGGCUCUGGACACCCUCGGCCCUUCCCGCCUGGGGCCCCCGCCCGGCCUCUGUCCGCUGCCGGCAUGGAGGAGGCUGGCGAUUUCGACAACUACUACGGCGCCGACAACCAGUCCGAGUGCGAGUACGCGGACUGGAAGUCGUCGGGCGCCCUCAUCCCCGCCAUCUACAUGCUGGUCUUCCUCCUGGGCACCACGGGCAACGGCCUGGUGCUCUGGACCGUGUUCCGCAGCGGCCGCGAGAAGAGGCGCUCAGCAGACAUCUUCAUCGCCAGCCUGGCCGUGGCCGACCUGACCUUCGUGGUGACCCUGCCGCUCUGGGCCACCUACACGUACCGGGGCUAUGACUGGCCCUUCGGCACCUUCGCCUGCAAGCUCAGCAGCUACGUGAUCUUCGUCAACAUGUACGCCAGCGUCUUCUGCCUCACCGGGCUCAGCUUCGACCGCUACCUGGCCAUCGUGAGGCCCGUGGCCAACGCUCGCCUGAGGCUGCGGGUCAGCGGGGCCGUGGCCACGGCGGUGCUGUGGGUGCUCGCCGCCCUGCUGGCCCUGCCGGUCAUGGUGUUCCGCUCCACCGGGGACCUGGAGAACAGCACCAAGGUGCAGUGCUACAUGGACUACUCCAUGGUGGCCGCCGCCAGCUCCGAGUGGGCCUGGGAGGUGGGCCUGGGGGUGUCGUCCACCGCCGUGGGCUUCGUGGUGCCCUUCACCGUCAUGCUCACCUGCUACUUCUUCAUCGCCCAAACCAUCGCCGGCCACUUCCGCAAGGAGCGCAUCGAGGGCCUGCGGAAGCGGCGGCGGCUGCUCAGCAUCAUCGUGGUGCUGGUGGUGACCUUCGCGCUCUGCUGGAUGCCCUACCACCUGGUGAAGACGCUCUACAUGCUGGGCGGCCUGCUGCACUGGCCCUGCGACCUGGACAUCUUCCUCAUGAACGUCUUCCCCUACUGCACCUGCAUCAGCUACGUCAACAGCUGCCUCAACCCCUUCCUCUACGCCUUCUUCGACCCGCGCUUCCGCCAGGCCUGCGCGUCCAUGCUCUGCUGCGGCCGGAGCAGGUGCGGCGCGGCCUCCCACAGCAGCAGCGGGGAGAAGUCGGCCAGCUACUCCUCCGGCCACAGCCAGGGGCCCUGGCCCCAACUCGGGGAAGGGUGCAGAGCAGAUGCACGAGAAGUCCAUCCCCUACAGCCAAGAGACCCUCGUGGUUGACUAGGGCUGGGGCCUGCCCGGCCUUCCCCUGCUCUCUGAAAGUCAGGUAGCAUGACAGCACCUUCUCCCUCUCACUCCACCCUUUCCCCUGCUCCCUGCCCCCCUGCCCCCUCUUGUCUUCCUUCCUUCUUGAGGCUUGUUCAGAGGUUUGUGGUUGAGUGGGAGGACACUGAGCCCUGCAGGCUCCUGCUCGGCCACUCGGUAUCCGUGAGACGGACCUUGCACGAGUGUCUUGACCCCUCUGGGCCUCCGUUUCCCCAUUUGUAUAUAAAACAAGGGAAGUUGUGCUGGCUCAACUGAACUGGGUUGCCCCCACUCCUUUUCUUGGAUCUCCAGCUUUUCCUUUUCCCUCCUUUCUUCCUAAUGCCCUGUCCCUUCUCCCUGCCCCUACUUUCUCCUCUGUCUGCACUUUCCAGCCCGAAUUGUCACCUGCUGGCUCCAACCCGGUCUCCGGGGCACACCUCCUCUUUAAUCCCUCCUUCUUCCCCUAUUCACCUCCCUGGUUCUGCAGGGCUUCCAAGGGUUAAGAAUCCUGAAGCUUGCACACACUCUCUGGCUCCCCGAGAGUGAAGGAGGGACCGGGGCUGGUGUCAGCAAAGUUAGUUCCAGGCUCUGCAGCUGGGAGCUCCAGAACUUUCUUGCAAACCGGACCAUUUCACUGUAGUUUCGGGCACUAAGGAUCCCAGAAGGGGGCCUCGCUUCCUGCAGCCCCUCCUUCAUGCCAACUAGAUGUGCUUUUUUUGCAGAUUUCCUCUCAUUCAACCUCUAUUCCCCAUGGCAAUCGGAAGUCCACGGGGUUGGUGAUGGGACUGCCGGCUCCUAGGUGUCAUUCUAUGAGUGGGGAGUCGGGAAGGCAACGUCGAGGAAGAAGGGAGUCCGUAUUUAGUCUAUAUGCUGCUUGGCUUCCCUUUCCAAUUCCUCACCCCUCCGACCUUCUCCAGAACUGGGACCUGUAGGUCUCCCCACCACAGCCUGGCAUCUCCAGGCAGGACACUUUUCUUGAGCACUGGUGUUGCUGGGUGCCAAGAGUUAUGUGUGUGCGUGUGUGUGUGCUUGUGUGUGUACACAGAUGAGUAUAACAGGAAGAGCAGUGUGCCUGUGUCACUCGUCACUUGGGUGAACUACCCCCCUACUCUCUACUCUUUACUCUCUACCACUUCUCCACUCUGCACGCAGCAUCCUUGGGGAAAGAGGGACAUAGUGAGGCAAUAUAGAACAAAAAUGAAUUCACCCCUUCCCCCACUGGAUUUGGGGGCUCUGACGGCUGGUCCGUGCUUUAAGAGAGAUGUUCCUGUUAGGGCUGGGACCCCUCUUGGGAGAUCUGUCCCCAAGGCAGUGGUGCCCAAGCCCUGGGGAAACCCAAUGUGCUGGGUGCCAUCAUUCCUAGUUCCAUGAGGGAAGCAGGAGGUGGUUAAGAGCUUCCUUGGCUCCUUUCCCACACCUCUCCCCCCUGCUCUGAGUCCAUGAGUGUGUUCCCUACCACUCUCCCCUUUCCCUGGGUCUGUGUCCCCCUCCCUAAGGAACAUGCCUUCUUGCCUGGGGUGAAAAGCACUGGGUGGGGUUUUUGUCACCUCACCACCAGGAUGGGACCCAUUGGCCUCUCCUGCUGGGCUGGGGGGCUGGGAAUGAUGACUGGAGCAGCUGUGGCAGGGCUGAGGGCAUGACUUCAAGCCACCAGAGAGGCCUCAAGGACAAAAUUGAUGGUGGGGCCUUUGUGGGCUGGAGGCAGGGAUGUGUAUAUUCCAGGUUUUGUUCUUGGAGGCCUCCCGACAGGACGUGAAGGACAAGAUUUGCGCCAUGGAGGCAGGAAGAGCCCAGCGUGGUGUAAAUGGAGAGCUUGACCAUCCCUGGGAUGGCGCCAGCUCCAGGAGCCGAGGGAGGAGGAGAAAGGAAGAGGCUCUCCUCAGCUUAAUCUCCCCCUUACAGACUGGAAUCUUCCACAGACUCCCUUUCUCAGCCCAGGGCUGUCCUCAAAGCAUGCGGUCAAGGUUGGAGGAAGCUACCAGAAGGGAAGAGGGUGCCUUUCUGAGGCCUUCCUCAGUGACCCCAGAGACCUCUUGCCUGGAACUCACUGGUGGCCCUGGACAGAGGAUGGAGGCUCCCUCAUCCCCUACCAGCCCCCUCUUUGGAACGUCUCUGCUAUGUUUUCUGACCCUGUUAGUCACUUCGGUUCAUUCAAUAAAUCUGUUUUGUGUAA